AUGGCAGAUUUGUACAGCAAUGACUCUUUUACGGUGCCGGCCGCCAGUCACCGCACGUAUUCCGACAAUGGGCUGUCUUGGCCGAAUCGCAAGGCUGACUUUAUCGGCACGUUGGUUCCUUUCAUGGUCCUAACGUGGGCCGCCGUGGCUCUUCGGCUUUACACUCGACUGUGGAUCAUGCGAGCCCCAGGCUGGGAUGACCUAUUUAUUGGUCUCGCUUUGCAGCUCUUUUAUCUCUCAAAUGGCGCUUUCACCAUGAGCAACGCGUUGGUCAAGAUCUCCCUUCUGCUCCAGUACCUACGCAUAUUCGUAGACCGCCAGGUACGGCGAAUCUGUAUCACGCUCACGUUUAUCACCUGCGCCUACGGACUCGCUUUUGCCUUUCUCGCCUGGUUUCCGUGUAUCCCCGUGGAGGGAUUCUGGCACCGAGACCUGGACGCGUUUUGCUAUGGAUUUGGUUCCACGGACAACAAACAAGUAUAUGUGACGGUACUUCUUGCCAACCUUCUCAACAUGGCGCUCGAUAUAGCGAUAUUCGUUCUUCCAAUCCCUCUCCUCUUCCGGAAGGAUACCGUGCGAAACACAAAACUCGGGCUUUUGGCUUUGUUUGGCCUGGGAAUAAUCAUUAACAUAAUUGCUGGUCUGCGCCUCGCUGCCAACCAGGUUCUGACCGAACAGGACAUGGGCAACGACUUGCCAUUCAAGUUUCCAAAGAUAUUCACGCUCGGAGAGGCGGAGAACAGACUAUCGGUCAUCCUCGCCUCAAUCCCGGUCUUUUGGCCCGUCGUCACACAAAAGAUCCAGGAGGUCUUCAUCACGAGGGAGUUCAGCGUCAACAGCACAUAUCAGAUCUCAUCCGAGCCCGGGCGGAACUGGAGGGAUAGUGACGACAAGCUGGCGCGGUACAAGGGCAGGCAAGGAACUUGCGAAGACAUAGAAUUACAGGCUGCGACUGGCAAGCGCGGGAUGGAGUAUCAGGAAGAUGAGGUUCUGGAGGCCGGUAUGCGGCAUCCAGGGCGGCUGGUCGAUGUGGAAAGCCACACAAAUGCUUUAUCCAGGCCGUUCGUGGAAUCUGAGGGCGCAAAGCAGAGUGUCGUUUAUGAGGUUAGAGCAGAUACCUUUAGAAGUGCCUCACACAAGUGA